UCCACAAACGUGGUGACACUCAAAAAUUAGUUGCCAGCAAAAUACUAGGAUUUCAGGCAACUGAGAGCAUACUACACUAUCUGUUCAUAAUUAUCUGAGCAGCCAAGGUCCAUAUUCGCAAAAAGAAGACCAACAUCUGUAUAGAUUUUUUUUAAUCCGAACAAUUAGAAAUCACAAACAACUAUUUUUUGCCUUCUGGUAUCAUGGAGAAAGUCCAGUACCUCACCCGCUCUGCUAUAAGAAGAGCUUCAACUAUUGAAAUGCCUCAACAAGCACGUCAAAAUCUCCAGGAACUCUUUAUCAAUUUCUGUCUCAUAUUAAUAUGUCUCUUGCUUAUCUGCAUCAUUGUGAUGCUUCUCUGAAGUUCUGAUACUACUUCUAAUUCCACUGUCCAUCAGUGUGGAUCUAAAACCUAUUAUGUGACAAGAAGAAACUGACACUACAAGAAACCAUUUUCUGGGUGCAAGAAUAUCUCUAUGAAAAAAGGAUGUAAAUGAUCAGCUGAUAGAUUCUCCUUCUGGAUCCUUCAAAGUUGGAAAAUGUUUCUUUCAAAAAGUUAUUUGCAAAAACAAUUGUCUAUUUAUGCAUGAAGUAACUUUAUUGGCUUAUUAGGCACUGCUUAUAAUAGGCUUUGUUUUCUAAUUUACCCUAUGGUCAAAUACACUUUAUAUUCAAAACAACAAUUUCACAGUUUGGGCGUCUGUAUAAUUUACAUUUUAUUGUCACACUCCUCAGAUAUUAGAUUUUUCAGCGCUUUCACAACAAUUACCAAAAGAGCAAUUCAAAAAUAAUACUCCACCAUUCAACUGGAGUUUCUUAUAAUCAGCUCAACUUUAAAUUAUUCAUGAACUUGUAGAUAUACUUUCACUUUUGUUAUUACUUAGAACCAUACUUCCAAACUUAAAAAAAAAAAAAAAUGAAAUGUUAAAAUAGAAAACCAGUUUCUGUUCUACACUGUACUUCACACCUAUUUAAAGAAAAUGUAUAAGAACAAAGAAAGAAAAUUGUAAAGCCCAAAAUUACCUUAUAUUAAAAAGUUAUAUAUUACUUAUAAAAUUCCAAUUGAUUUAACACAACUCAUUUCCAGGAAGUGAGUAAUUAAAAAUUUUAGGUCAAUCAAAUCUAUGCUUCUUCCUAAGGUUAUGUUCCGGUAGAUAAAAGGGAACAAGUCAGUCAAUAAACUAGACAGGUGAUUAGCUCGACAAAGGAGAUAUUCUUAAGACUUCAAGGUAUUUCUUCCAAAGCCUACAACUGAGACAGACAUAGGUUCAUUGAGUACCAUGUAAAAGAAAAAGAAGUGAUCAUGUACAGCAGUAUAAAUUAUCCCAGUCUUUUAAAAAAAUGAAAGAUUGGUUAUUUUAUGCCAUAAUAUACUGGUUUUACUCAACUUCUAUAAAAUAUUAAAAUCCCACCCUAUAUUCUUCUUAAGGUGGGAUAUAUCGUUGCUACCAAUUCAAAACUAAGAUGUUUAUUGAGCACCUCUUUUACAUAAGAUAUCUUAGUGGAAUACAAUAUUUACAGUGGCAUUAAGAUCAGAGAAGGAAAUAGCAGAGGUUUUUUUUUUUUUUAAUUUGUUCUUUUGCCUGAGAAAUUUUUCAAAAUCUUUCAGAUAAAGUUUCCUUUAAACAAUGAUAAAUGAUAAAUGAAAUUCUGUGCCUUUUACAUUAAAAUUUUUAAACUGUUAUUUUCAAUUUGUUAAAUUAAAUGCAAAAUAAUUUUUGUACCUACAAAGAAUAUUCAGAAACCAGCAGUUUUGAUUGUUUUAAAAUAAAUCAAUCACUAAAUAAUUCCUGUCCAAAACACACUAUAGUCUUCUUAUAGGUGCACAAUUCCUAUGAACAGGUUUGAAAUUUUUCUUGUGACAAAACUGCUCGAUAAAUCAUAAAAUCCAAUGAAAACAGGAGAUUCUUGGAUUUUUACAGAGAAUGUAUAGAAUAAGCAGAGGAAAUACAGUGUCAAGAAAAAAUACAAAAAUACAAUUACAUUAAGAAGUAAAACAGAAACUAGUCAUGUAAUGACAUCUGUUGGUAUAGUGAAAUAUUAGACAUGAAGUCAGUUCUAGUUUACUUUUAUCUAACUUGUUAGCCCUGUGACCUCAGAAUGAAGACAUUAACUAUUUUGACUCAAUUAGAAAAAUAUAAAUAAUGGUUCAGUGCUGAUUAAGCAUUUUAAAAGACUAGAGUAAUCUUACAAACCAAGUGUAAUUUACCUUCCACUUGAUUUGUUCACUGUGUAAUAAGUUUAAUUAUUUUUUAAUGAGAAUUCAUUAUAGUUUCUCUUUCCUAAGGAAAAACACUUUUAUUUCCUCUCAUGAAUAUAAAAUGAACCCGGACUGUCAAAAGUUAUAGAAUACUAUACUUUCUACACAAAAAUCAAUUGCUUCAAAUCAAACUAUUAAGCUCUUAUAUACAGUGAUUUAAUGAUAAGCUACAUAAGUUAGGUUCUGGGAAGAACAAUAGGUUAACAGCUGGUAAAGCCUGUGUUAAAAAUACCUUUAAAAAAUAAGAAAGUUGUAUUAAAAAUGAGAAGAUAAUAAAUACCUAAAGAGAAUAUGAUUCAGAAGGAAUAAAUUCUAACAUUAUAGUCUGAUUUUAAAUGUUUGUAGGAUUAACUAAUUUUAAAGACUAUUCUGUUAUUUAUAUUGUGAUUGAUGAAAAAAACAAAACACUGUAUAUCUGACACCAAAAUAUGAUGCUUAAUGCAAAUAGUCACAAUCACCUAUAUUAAAAAAUCAUGUUUUGAAUUUAAUUAUAUUGUUUCUAUAAUGUGCUCAUUGUAAUGUGGCAAUAAAACAAUCUAAAAUACUGAAGAUGGAUUUGGCUUUGAAGGGUUGUUUUAAAUACUGUAUAUUAACAACAGCAAUUACAGUUAAGACUUAUGGUCUUGUUACAAUCUAUGGUCACAAGAGGGCAGACUUUUACAAAAUAUCAGACUUUUCCCCUAAUAAGGGAACCUGAAUUUCCUACUAAAUACAUAACCAUUACUGUAAGCCAAGGGUAUGCCUUUCCAUUGCAGAAAUACUGUGCUUUCACCUGCAUUGAGGUACAUCCACACUUGAAAAGUCAACCAAAAUAUAAAAAAAGGAAAUGAAUGUGAUACAGUGGAUAUUUGGAACGAGCCAGAGAGCAAACUACAAACAAAUCUUCCCCCUUUACUGGCAAUAGGAAAAACAAUUAAAAUCUCAGCUGCAAAAAUCAUCUAUACAUUCAUGCAUAAAAUUCUUCAAAUUCUUUAUAUAAUAUGGAAAAAAAAAAAAAAA